GUUAAUUUACAGUGUCAACAUUAGUUUUACAAAAGCUGACAUGUUCCUCAGUUCAAAUGUAAACCGUACACCCUCUUGCUAUUUGACUAAUUCCGCGCCUUAAGUUACGAGCCCCCCGUCCCGUUUCACACAUUUUUAACGUGCGCAACUUUUAAAACACUUUCGCUCAGAGAAUUGCGUCAGGCUUUUGCCGACGUUUCGGAAAUUAGCUUCGCUUUAGAUUUAAAUUGCGCACAAUAAGCGCACGUGUUGCGUUUGAGCCCCCACGCAGCGCUUUUCUACUCAAUUAAGUCCCGACCGGGGAGCCGGUGUGAUGACAAACGAAUGAAAUGAUGGACGAGCGCGAGGAGGCCUUUUUUUCUUCUUCUUUCCAACAACACAAGCUGCUUAUUGCCUGUUGUUCCUCGCCGCGAAGAGCCGGGUAAACACCCCUAACAUUCCACAGGGCAGCGGGAUGAAGAAGCAGAAGGAGAGCGGCUGCACUCAGAAGACCAUCUCAUUGCGGAGCCCCCUGGGGACCAUCCAAGUCAGUGGAUGUGAGAAUGGUGUGCACACCAUCCAGAUCCUAAUGGAUGUCGCACCUGCUGAAAGGAGCAGCGAGGCCCCCCUGAGCUGUGUGGUCAACGACAGCCCGGCAGAAGUGAGCCCCGAGUUGCAGCGCUGCGUUGAAUGGCUGCAGGCGUACUUCAUUGAGCCGCGGACCACUGGGAGCCUCCCGCUCCCCGGCUUUCACCACCCGGCCCUGCAAGGAGACGCGUUCGCCAGCCGCGUGUUGCAGGUACUUCUGAGGGAUGUGAAGUUUGGAGAGACGGUGUCGUACAAGCGCCUCGCUGAGAUGGCGGGAAACCCCAGAGCGGCGCGGGCAGUGGGAGGGGCCAUGAGGAGGAACCCGGUUCCUCUCCUCAUCCCCUGCCACCGAGUCAUCUCUAGCAGUGGACAGAGUGGGCCGUACAUGAGCGGCAGGGGCAACCAUCUCAAACAAUGGCUGCUCACCCAUGAGAGGCAGAGAGGCGAAGGCUAAAGCAUGACAGAGGCCAACUGUCCUUCACCCCCCCCCCCCCCACACACACACACACACACACACACAAGGCCCGGAAUUUUGUUUUUAACAACGCAAAACGGGGCCAUGAAGUUUGCCGCGCUCGGCGCACCCGGUGGAACAACUGGAGCUUCUUGUAGAUAUUCAGUUUAUUCUUCUUUUGUUUAAAUCUAAGAAUAGAGAUGUUGCAUAGUUAAUGUGAUACGAAGUUGUUGCAGAAUUAGAAUGUACAAAAAUAACUUAAACAGAGAACAGUAGGAAUUACAAACAUAUGCUCCCGUGGGUCUCCGUUGCGUUUGCCAGAUAGUGCUGGAAUGGUUUUUCUAAAGAAUUAUUAUUCCCUUAAAAAUAUGUCUCUUGCAUUGUUGUUGUUGUUGUUGUUGUUUUUUUUCCUAAGCAGAAUUAGUCUUUGUACCUCUCGUUGGUUUUUUAAUUUCCUGCCAAGUGAAUGCUUUGUUCAACAUCCAGUUAAAGGCUCUGAAUUUUACUGCUACAAAGCUUUGUAGUGAAGCUUUUGUUUUGUCUUCAUUUAGAUCACAUUGUCUGCUGUAGCCUAAUAAUCCACCUCGAGUUGUCUUAUGCAUUAUAUACCGUACCUUUGUCGGACAGGUUUUAAUAAAUACAUCUCAAAAUGACAAA